GACGAGCAGGAGGAGCUGACCUAUCGAUUGCAUAGCGUGUUUGUUUUGUGUAACGCGGAUGCAUAAUUAGAUUCCAAUAAGAAUUAGUUAACUAACAUUUGUUGGUGGCCAAUGACAUGAAAAUUUAUGGAAUAAUUAUGAGGAGCAAGAGCAUCCCAUAGAAAGAAAUUAGUGAAAGUUUAUUUUUGAAACGACAACAACAAGAAAACGAAGAAGAAGAAGAAGAACAACAACGAACAAAAGAAGACGCAACAAAUAGCUAAUGAUUAUCAAAUAAAAUAUUACGUUGUUUUUUGCAGUUCCCCCAGCUUCCCCGCAGACACCGAGAAACAGCUGAUGUUGGGGACUGUCGUUGAUGACUGUUGGCUUUAAUGGCCACACUUUGUUUUACCAAAAAAAAAUAUCAGUUUGAUUUUGCCUGUCUUGUUGUGCUGUGUGUGUCGACUAUUAGCUACUGCUGCUGAUGUUGUGGUGUCUUUCGUUGUCGUCGCUUGCUUGUGGUGGCCUUCAUCGUUUACUUUAGUCGGUCGGUGGGUUGUUAGCCAAUUAAAGCAAACAGCAAGCAUAAUAUACGGGUUUGUGGUGUCAAACAAAAGUGAAAUUUUUUACAUAUUUUUCGUGGGGAGCAAACAUUUAACAGAGUUAUGUUCGGGACAUUUUACAUAAAAUACAAACAAUUUUUUAGAAACUAGGCGUAAAAAAAUUUAAAACAAAACCAUCAAUAAUUAUCUAAAAGAAAGGCCACCUAAAACAAGUCCCAGAAACAAACAAAAAACACAGCCCAAAUAACAACUUAACAAGUCAUCGACAUGGAAUGCACGCAGGAAAUGGCGAUGACAGAUGAUGACAACAAAGCCAAAAAGCAAAAGUUCUCCCCUGACAAUGAAACCAUAGACGACGAAAGUGCGGCCACAUUGUGGUGGUCCAUCCCCGAGCCGGUGCUCAUAAAUAUUCUGCGUAGGCUGGAACCCCAAGAUAUAUUAAAUGCCUCGGCAACGUGUCGUCGUUGGUAUGAGGUGGCCAAUGACAAUAUCUUGUGGAAACACAAGUUUCAAGAACAUUUUCGCACCGAUCCUUCAAUACCAUUGAAACCUGGUGCUGCCUCAUGGAAAGAUGAAUAUGCCCGCCUUACAUCACGUAUUCCUUUCGUUCAGUCGGAACGUUUAUAUGGUCACACACAUCAGGUUCUGCAUGUUAGCUUUUCGCAUAAUGGUGAAAUGUUUGCUACCUGUUCCAAGGAUGGUUAUGUUAUUAUUUGGAAUUCAACUCACCCCUGCACCGAACGCUAUUUUCACAAUAUGAAACACUUCAAUUGGAAAUAUACCCAGUACUCACAGUUCAAUCAAAGUGACACACUGCUUUUGGUGUCCGGCGUACACUUUGGGGCACCACACAGUACUUCCGGGGAAAUUGCGGUCUUUACAGUUGGCGAAAAUGGUUCCCACAUGCGUUGCCGUGUACGCAAUCGUCCCUAUGACAUCUUUGGAACAUGGUUCAGUGAUCAAUAUUUAAUAUCCGGCGAUCUUCAUUGGUUGGCCCAUUUGAUUAGCACUUCGGUGUUGUGGUUAAAUAAAGCCAAUCAGGAGGUGGAUUCGGAGCAUGUGCCAGUUAUGAAUCAAUUAUAUAAGCUAUACAAUCAAAAUGCCAGUUCGGUAAGGGCCAUAAUGAUGGCCCGUUGUCCCUGGUUGGAUGAAACAAAUGAUCCCUUGGCCGAGCAUACGGCAGCAAGCAAAGAAGAGGAUUCCGAUGAUGUCGAUAUGGCCCCAUGUUCUUCAUCAAAUGAUCCGGGACGCUCAAACACCGUAGGCAACCCUCUGUCCCAAUUAGCUUCGGUACGACAUUCUGUUGAUACCAUCGAAAAUGAUGACCUAGAGGAUGACUCACUACCCUCAACAUCGACGAGACGUCGACGUACCCAUACAACGGAUGACAUCUCAAUUUAUUUUGCCGAUGAAUACCGUCGUCUAUACAAUGGUGAGGGGUGCAUUAGUGAUUCCAGCGAUGACGAGGAAGAAGAAAAAGUCGUAGAAGAAGAACCUGAUGAUAUGGAAAAUUCAAUACCGAAAUAUUUAAUAUUUUCAACGGGUUCCAAAACCUAUACACCCCAUCAAAUUGGUAUCAAACGUAUAAGACAUGUUACGUUCCCCAAGAAAUUGGAUCCGGGUCCGUCGCUAAAGGAGCGAUAUGCAGCGAAAAAGGAAAAGAAUCAAGUACGUGAACCCGAUCCUGAUUGGAAUAACUACGAUUCGGUGGCAGAUCGUUUUGAUAAGAUUGACAAAGUUAUUGAUUUGCAUGGUCAUAUUAUUGGCAUGGCAUUGAGUCCCGAUCACAGAUACCUUUAUGUCAACACCCGCCCAUGGCCGGAAAAUUAUGUAAUCUCAAAUCCUUUGGAACCACCACCGAUUGCCCAGGAAAUUGAUAUACAUGUUAUUGAUCUCAUGACAUUGAAACGUGUUGGCAAUAUGCUGAGAGCCCAUAAAGCCUAUACACCGAGCAAUGAAUGUUUCUUUAUAUUUUUGGAUGUAUGCGAUGAUUAUGUGGCAAGUGGUGCCGAGGACAUGCAUGCCUAUUUAUGGGAUCGUUACUAUGGAAUCUCAUUGGUCAAAUACAAGCACACCGAUGUGGUCAACAGUGUUGCCUUCAAUCCAAAAGAUUCUCAAAUGUUGGUUACAACCAGUGAUGACUUUUCAAUUAAGAUAUGGCGUUCAAAGGCUGCGGCCAAAAAACUCAAUAUUGAUAUGACGGAUAAUAAUGAAGCAUUCGAUUUGAAGUUAAAUAGAGAUAUGACUUAGAGACAUUUAUAGCAAAGCAAUAUAAUUUAUUUAUUAACAUUUAAUUAUUUAUGGCUAAGGCAGUAACCACCAACCAACAUAAGGAACAAGUGUAGCAAAAGUCUUAGCAAAACCAUUUUACAAACAUAGGAUGAAGCUGGCAUCCCUUUUAUUAUUUAUAAGCUGAUUAUAGAAACAUGUUUCAAAACUAACAACAACAACAAGCAAUAUAAAUAGAACACGCCGUUAAGGCAACUUUAUACCUCUACAAGUCGACGUAAUAUAAUCCUACGAUGCUUUGUGUAUGGCAAAUAAAUACACAACUCUUUUUCUUCCCCGUAGUCUAGAGACUCCCAGAGUAUAUUUUUACAUUUACCCAAAAAAGCCUACCUAACAAAUCGUUUUAAAUUUUGUAAUCUAAAUUACAUAAUCCUUGUCGAAUAAAUGAUAUUUCUUAAUAUUGAAAAAAAAUUUAAUAUUUAGCUAAUUUAUACCGUUCA